CGAAAUACAUAAUGGCCGCACAUUUUUGAAAGUUUGGAAUAUAUUGCUUGUGGACUUCAGUGUGUGUAUUGUAAGAUUUUUAUUUCUAUUUAAAGAUUGAAAUAUGGGUAAAAAAAAUCAAGCUAAGCCGAAACAUAAACAAAGUGGGAAAAAACGCUCUAAGGGCAAACAAAAUCGUGUGAGAAAAACUGUCAAUGUGAACAUGUUGAAGCAAGAAAACUGCCAUGUGAAAUACGCAUCAAACCCAGAGGACUACGAGCCAUCGAGAACAUCCAUGUCGGACGAGGGAAGUGAAAUUGAAGGCGAUGUUGAGGAAUUAUGUGAGCUAAAAUUUCUAAGAUCCGUCGAUUUACAAGGAUGUGAUAACUCCAGACGACAGAAAAGGAAAACACUUAAUUACGAAGCAGAAAUAUAUGAAAAGAAACCAAGAUUAGCAAACGAUGAAUGGAAACACGACGAUUUUGUGCGAUUACCUUUGAAAGACAAGACUGGAGUCAUUCAGCAACAUUUUGUUUAUAAUGAAAAUGAAAAUGACGAUAGAAGUUGUAGAAAAAGCUGUAAUAUGGAUGAAUCUCAGAUAGAAAUGAGCUGUCAAUCUAUAAAUGAUAAGACGGAGGGAGUUUCAUCAUUGACAUUAACAACAGUAGAGCUCUUAAAGUUGCGAAAGGAUAAAUUAGAGAAGAAAAAGUUAUAUAUUUCAGAGCUGGUAUCAAGCAUCCUCGAAGAUCCAUUUGCUAAUGUUAAUAAACUGAAUGAUCUUAAUGUCCUAUGUCAGGAAAAUGAUAAUGAUAUUAAAGUAACUGUCCGAAAACUUGCUAUUGUUUCCCAACUUGAGGUUUUUAAAGAUAUCAUACCAAGUUAUCGUAUUCGACCUUUGUCCGAGACUGAGCUAAAUAUGAAGGUUUCUAAAGAUGUAAAACGAGUUCGCCAGUUUGAACAAGAAUUGCUAAGAAACUACAAACAUUACCUUGAGCUUUUGGAACAGACUAUAAAAGAAAAAAAGAUUUUCAAGAGAAAUCAUAAACUCUCAAGCGAUAGUUUGUCAACGCUGGCAUUCAAAUGUCUUUGUGAUUUAUUAAAAACUGUCCCACAUUUCAACUUUCGUAACAAUAUUGUGGCUGUUAUUUUAUCGAGAAUCAUCAAUGACACAUCUAAUGAAAAAAUUAUUCAAUUGUGUUGUCAUACUAUGGAAUGUAUCUUUCAAUCUGAUCAUGUUGGUGAAGUGUCCUUUGAAAUUGUUCAACUCGUUAAUAAAUUAAUAAAGAGUCGGUCAUUUAGAGUCCAACCAUGUGUUUUAGAAACAUUUUUAACCCUGCAUCUCGAAGAUGCUCAUCUUGAGAAGAAGGCAAAAGAUAGUGAACUGGGUGAAGGAAAGUUCAAACGCAAAGUAGAGAAAAUGAAUAAGAAAAGCAUGUCUAAAAAUGGCAGAAAGAGACAAAAAGAAAUGAAGAAAAUUGAACGAGAACUGCAAGAAGCUGAAGCUGUAGAGUGCAGAGAAAAAUCAAGAAAAUUGCAAACAGAAAUCAUCAAAUUAGUAUUUUCCAUAUAUUUUCGAGUGUUAAAGUCACCAAAGGCUUCAUCAUUACUAACACCAAUUCUCAACGGACUUUCCAACUUUGCUCAUCUCAUUAACUUGGAUUUCUUUGUUGAUCUCAUGUCUGUUUUAAAGAAUCUUGUCAACUCUGAGGAUGUUUCCACCAAUGAUAAACUACAUUGCAUUUUGACAGCAUUUAAGAUACUCUCAGAUCAAGGUGAAGCUUUGAACAUUGAUCUGCGAACAUUUUAUAGUUAUUUGUACUCAAGUCUUGUGGGUUUUCAUUCAGAUCAUGAUAUGAAAACUGUUCUUGGGUGUCUUAAUAUCAUGAUUAGUAAGAGAAGAAAACAGGUGUCUAUACAAAGACUUCUUGCUUAUAUCAAACGACUAUGUACCGUUGCCUUAUAUAAUUCCAUUCCGAAUUCGCUUUCUUUGCUCUGCUAUGCAAAACUAUUUCUGCAGAUGAAUGCUAAAAGUGACAUCGUAUUAUGUAAUGAUAGUGCAUUAAAUGGACAGUUUUUUCCUGAUAUUAUUGAUCCAGAAUAUUCAAACGCCGAUAAUACAUCGCUCUGGGAACUGACUUUGUUUCGUAAACAUUAUAACAUGACUGUGAGAAACUAUGCUUCUCAUAUCUCUUUGGGAAUUCCAGACAAUGGUCAUGGAUCUUUAACGAAUCAAUUAUCACGAAAGACGCCAAUAAAUUUAAUGGAGGAUUUUACCGAAGACAAACUUCUCGAAGUUAUAACUGAAAUGAAGUCAUUACCAAAAAAGUCUUUGAAAAUACAAACUCGGACUGAGGAUGUGAAUGAUUUUGUUACACGAGAUAUCAAAAAAUAUGUCAAUGAUUGCAUGGAGUGGCUCAAAAAACAACGCAAAAGAGAUGACUUUGAACAAGUACACUUUAGUAAAGUCAAAAGUUGAGAAUUUUUAUUAAACGAUAUGAAAAUUUAAAA